GAGAAAGAGGUCCAAAGCUAAGCGCUUAUGAGCGCGCCGAGACUGAGAGAAGCACUGAUUGAGAAAUAAAAAAGGACGUCCGUGUCAUUUGCGCUCAUACAGAAGUCGGAUCUUAUAGAACAUUCCUAGUUACAAACCUUUUCGAGCGUGGGACGUACUUGCCUGCUUUCAGAAACUUCCUGCUCUUGCUUUCUUGACUCGGUUUAUUUAUUGGUGCUUUUGUGGCUUUAAGCACAAAGUCACAAGACUGUGCCAGACUAUAUUUACCUAGUAUAAAAACAACCUGCCAAAGUGAACAUCUCGGAUUAAAAAGAAGAUCAGGCGACACAUUUUGAGACGUUUUCGCGUUCUGACAGACUUCUAGGUAUGUCUGUAGAAGAUAGUUCAACUCUGGACAGGUAACCUGGUGUCACUGUUGCUAUGGCAGCACAGAUGCUGCCAUUGUUGCCUGCCCUCCUCACUGUCCUCCUCAUUUCCUGGACAGCGGCCCAGGACGUGGAUUGGCAUUUUGACACUGUCAAGUGUCGCUACGCUCUGGGGAUGGAGGACGGCACCAUACCCGACUCUGACAUCACCGCAUCCAGCGCCUGGUCCGACUCAACCGAGGCCAAACACGGCAGGUUGAGUACUGGAGAGGGGGACGGGGCAUGGUGUCCAGCUGGUCCGGUGUUCCCCAGCAGCUCCGAGUACCUGCAGGUGGAUCUGCGCAAGCUUCAUUUCCUGUCUCUGGUGGGCACACAGGGUCGCCACGCAGACGGGCUCGGGCGGGAGUUUGCACGUAGCUACCGGCUGCGAUACUCUCGUGACGGACGACACUGGAUAAUGUGGAAGGACCGCUGGGGACAGGAGGUGGUGUCAGGGAAUGAGAACACAUAUGACGUGGUCCUGAAGGACCUGGGUCCACCCAUCAUAGCUCGCAUGGUGCGCUUCUACCCGCUGGCAGACCGUGUAAUGAGCGUGUGUCUAAGAGUUGAACUGUACGGUUGUGUUUGGAAGGAUGGGCUAAAGGCGUACACCGCUCCUGUGGGUCAUGUGAUGGACCUAUCAGGCAGUCCUGUCUACCUUAAUGACUCCAUCUAUGAUGGCAGUAAAGAGGCAGGGGUGAUGUUCGGAGGAUUGGGCCAGUUGUGUGAUGGUGUUUUAGGUGGGAAUGAUUUCAUGGAGAGUAAAGAGCUGAGAGUGUGGCCGGGAUAUGAUUACGUGGGCUGGAAUCGGGAAACCUUGGGCCAGCCCACUGUUGACAUUGAGUUUCACUUCGAGAAAACACGGGUCUUUCACACCAUGCAGGUGCACAGUAAUCACAGACACACUCAGCAUGUGCGGGUGUUCAACGAAGUGGUGUGUGAGUUUAAGGCCAGUCUGCUGAGCCCGUGGGCAGAGCCUGCGCUCAGUCUUCAAGUGCCGCUGUCUGACCUACACGACCCUUCGUCCCGCACCAUCUCACUGCCACUCGGAGGACGACCAGCGCAAAUUCUCCGCUGCCGUUUUUCUUUCAGUGACCGCUGGCUCCUCAUCAGCGAGAUAAGCUUCUAUUCGAUGCCUUUUGAGGAUGGAUCCUUCCUCCCUCCUCUGCCUUCCUCUAGCACUCGUCCUCUCAAUGCUACUUCUCACACCCCCAGCCCAGCAAAUGGAACCAGCAGCCCCACCGACCACCUCAUGACCAUUACUUCACUGCUGCCCAGCAGCAUACCAACAGAGUUCCCUGCUGUCACACUAAGGGCGGGGUUACCUGUGGCCAAAGAUGACAGCAGCAACACGGCCAUCCUGAUUGGCUGCCUGGUUGGAAUUAUCCUGCUCCUAUUGGCUAUCAUAGCUGUCAUACUUUGGAGGCAAUACUGGAAGAAGUUACUUGGCAAGGCUCAAGGCAGCCUCUCCAGCGAUGAGCUGCGGGUUCAUCUUUCGGUUCCAUUGGACAACGUGGUGAUCAAUAACACUAACACGCACACAUACUCCAGCCGCUACCAGCGCAUACACACCUUCCCCGACGACCGGGACCGCGAGGGAGAAUACCAGGAGCCCAGCACUGUACUGCGGCCACGAGAGCAGCGUGACAGCACAGCACUGCUGUUAAACAACCCAGCAUAUCAUCUCCUCCUGUCUGACCUGACACACGGCCCCAACAGGCUGACAAACUGCCACAGCCAGCAAGAAAAGCCCCAAAACCUGUCCCAGGCAUGUGCUGUUGAUAUGGUUGAUAAAGGCCUACCCAUUCAGGAGGGACCACCUCCUUACCCUGGAGCUCCGCCCCCUGGCCUGUCAGGGGCUCAUUAUGGAGAAGCAUCAGGAGGCGGGGGCAGUGUUCCUCAUUAUGCCGAAGCUGACAUCAUUAGUCUGCAAGGCGUUAGUGGUAACAAUACAUAUGCAGUUCCCGCCCUCUCAGCCACACCCACUGAUUGUCCACCACUGCCCGAGUUGCCACGGGAACGACUUAUAUUCAAAGAAAAGCUGGGAGAAGGACAAUUUGGAGAGGUUCAUCUGUGUGAAAUUGAAGACCCCCAGGACCUUGAAAACCUUGAGUUCCCAUUUAAUGUCAGGAAAGGGCGCCCUCUGCUGGUGGCUGUGAAGAUUUUAAGGCCAGAUGCCUCUAAAAAUGCCAGGAAUGAUUUUCUGAAGGAGGUGAAGAUCUUAUCUCGCCUGAAGGAUCCGAACAUAAUCUGCCUGCUGGGUGUGUGUGUAAGCAGCGACCCAUUGUGUAUGGUCACAGAGUACAUGGAGAGUGGAGACCUCAAUCAGUACCUCUCCCAUCGAGUGUUGCUGGACAAGACCGGCCCUUCACAUAAUACACCAACCAUCAGCUACCCAGCUUUGAUCUCCAUGGCGAGUCAGAUCGCAUCAGGAAUGAAGUUCUUGUCGUCUCUGAACUUUGUGCACCGCGACCUGGCCACACGGAACUGCCUGGUGGGUGGAGAGAGGGGUGAGGGGGAGGACCGCGGCGGAGAGCGCCAGAUAAAGAUAGCUGAUUUUGGCAUGAGCAGGAACCUCUAUGCUGGCGAUUACUACAGGAUACAGGGACGAGCUGUGCUGCCUAUUCGCUGGAUGGCAUGGGAGUGCAUCCUCAUGGGGAAGUUCACUACGGCGAGUGACGUGUGGGCGUUUGGCGUGACGCUGUGGGAGAUGCUGAGUGUGUGUCAGGAGCAGCCGUACAGUCACAUGACCGAUGAACAGGUCAUUGACAACGCUGGGGAGUUUUUCAGAGACCAGGGCAGACAGGUGUACCUGUCUCGCCCGGCUGUGUGCCCACAGGGUUUGUAUGAGCUGAUGCUUGGCUGCUGGAGCAGAGACUGUAAACUACGGCCUUCCUUUGCGUACAUUCACUCCUUCCUCACCGAAGAUGCCAUGAACAUGGUUUAGAAAGUGACAGAGAGAUGAAAAGCGGAAGAAUGUAAGAAAGCAUGUGUGGACCACAGACUGGUGGUGUGUUUUUAAGCAGACACGGCUAAGCACUCUUAUGUAAAUUUGUGUAUUUUUUGAUAGAUGGGUUGGGGCGAAUAAAAGCUGCAGGUUCGGUGCCCCUAAAUGACCCACUUCUCACUCUUUAUCCUGAACUCUUCAAGCAACAUUUUAUCCCCAAAUCAUUUUUAGACUCGCUGUCCCCCCCGCUAUCAAUACUUAUCACUAUUCCACAGUAUUUAGUUUCACAGAGCACAGAUUUCCCAGAAUGCACCACAGAAUUGGCCGAGUCAUCCUUUCUUUCCUGAAACAUUAUUCUGCCUCAUAUUUUCUCUGUGAACCUGAGAAUGAAACCUCUCUCUAAAUGUUUCCUGCUGUAAAACUGAAGUCUUUUGUGUUCUGUGAGGUCCAGUAAUGAUGACUAAGCGCUGACGAUGGGCUAUCAGGAAUAAUAUGUGAUUGAUUUUAGGAUAAAAUGUUGCUUGGUGUCUCAACCUUAAAUCCCAGUCCUCUAACCUGUAUCAAACUGUCUGAAUAGGUCUCGAAACAUGAUCAUAUGAACUGGUGGAGGGUUUCAUAGCUAGAUGACAGGCAGCACAAAAGCACACGGCUCUACAAACUGUCCAGUUAGUCAUAGUUCUCUACAGGGAACAUUUGACAGAUUAUUGAUUAUGCGUAUUAAAACGUACUAUAGCAGAAAUAUUUUUUCUACUUGCAUAUUAAGUGAAAAUAGUGAAUAACAUUUGCUAGCAUUCGUGCUCAUGUAGAGAAUCUUUUUCAUGUCUUUUCUGUGGUGGAGGGUAAUUAAUUCAUCAUUAGGAAAUGCUCACAGAUCAUUAAACAUUCAACACUGUGAGACAUGUUCAUCUCAAUGAUAUGAAUUAGUUUUUUUGACCUCUUGGAGAACCAUUUAAAGGGUCGAUAAACGUCAAUAACACGUUUAAAAGAGCUUUUGGUGUGUAUUCAAAAUGUUCUAUAAUUAUGUACAUCAAUGCUGAUAUGUAAAACACGGGCUUGUUACAUGAUAUUAUCAAAUUCAGCCAAAACAAAAAAUUAUAUUUGUGACUCCGCCCCUGUAUGUCUGCACAUAAAUGGUCCCUUAAGGCCUGUUCACACCAAGGACAAUAACUACAAUUACUUUAUAAUAAUCGUCCCAUUUCCAGCUGAUGACAUUGACAGAAAUUCAGAAUCUGGCUUUAAGGAGCUUAAGCAGUUGCAGAAGACAAAACUGCUGCCUGUGCUUAUAAUAAACCGAGCAUUAUCGUGUGUUGGUAUAGCUAUCGUACUUGGUUUGAGUGGGCCUUUCCUCAGUUAUCUCAACAUUUAGAGUCGCUCCUUCCUUCACUGACUAUAAAGGCCUGUUCACACCAAGAACAAUGACCAUAACAAUAACAAUAAAGCAUCCACACCAAUAGAUGACAAUGUUUUCUUUAUUAUAAGCACUUGCUGCAGUUAUAUUGUCGUCCACUUUAAAUACUCAAGCUCUGUAAAGCUGGGUGGAUUCUGAUUGGCUGUCAAUGUCCACACCACAACUACAAAGAUAAUGACACAAAACAAUAUCAUUAGAAUCAGUUUCAGAAUAAUUUUUUUUUAACAAUAAAAUAAACAUUAAAAACACUGACAGCCAAUCAGAAACCACCUGACUUCAAUAUGAGCCUGGACUCACCAGAAAUCAAAAUGCGUGAGCCUGGAAGAAUUUAGAGAAAGGAAAAAAACAAGCAGUCAUGUAUAUGUAUACCAAUAAGAGUGACAAAGUUAUUGCCUAUAUAAUGAGAAAUAAGCAAAGCAUUUGUCCUGAAUUUACUGUGUAAACCUAUAGGACACUUGCAGGAAACUCUCUUAAAGCUACAGUACGUAAUUGCAUACUGCAGACUGUAGAUUUAACUUGAACCUGGUGUGUGGUGACUCCACCUCUUCCUCAUUUAAGAGUAAGACUGUGUGUGUAGGUGGGGGUGGAGAGGAGAGCAACAUAUAUACUGUAAUAUACACAGAAGAAUGUGAUUCCCAAAUGGUUAUAUUACCAUGCUGAUUAUGCUUAUUGAAUGACCUUUAAUCUUUUUUUUUUUUGGUACACCGAGGCCCUGAACCUUUAUUGUAUUUUUAUAAAUAUAGUUUUGGGCAUGUUCUGUCCUCAGCUAUUCAUGUUUCAUCAAUAAUGAAAAAUGUAAAUACUUCAUGGGACAUAAUUUUCUUCAUUAAUAUUGCCAUCUGUUAUUAAUCGGGUCUGUCUCUGUUUUAGACUCCCUGCUUGUGUUAGUCAGAGUCAUUGCCGGUGUCUAUUUUUGUAGGUGUUUUAAUAAAGUAACCUUUUCACAUAAAGAGAUAUCCUCAUUUUCGCUUAUGCUCGAACACAAUUUGCUGAUUUUGAGUAGUGUCAUUUCACAUUAGCAUUCAUAUUCAGACAGCAUUAAAUGCUAAACAUAGAUUUGUGGAAACGCGCACAUUCAGACAAAGCCAUAAAUUGACAAGUUACACACUAAUAGUUUAUUUGUUUACAAUAAACAGUACAUAAUAUGUAUAAAUCUCAGCCUGGAUAUAGAGAUCUUCAGUUUAAGGUGAAUAUAUCUACAGUACAUCACCAGUGAACACACAGUAAGGCAAAAAUUGGAUUAGUAUGUCAUAUAUAAAAACAAUGAGGCUUUACACCAUAAAAAACAAACGGAUGGCAAACAAAUGGAAUAUUCUUAACGAAAUUAAGGCCAGGAAGUAUCACAUGACACAUCACAGUUCCUGUUGCUGAAACACAAUCAGAGCAGGCUGAUCAGGGAGGAAGUAAAAAUAGCCUUGAGGCACUUUGAAGGCAUAAACUGUACAUGCAUAGGUUUACCUUUGGUGAUGUUGAGUCGAUUUUAGUGUGAAGUACACAGCAGCAUUGCAAAACAAAAAGACUAACUUCAUUUUUUUCACAGUGAUAUGAGAAAUGAAACCACCAUCAGCCUUCACUGGAGUUUCUGUGGGCAGAGAGACAUACUUACACCCUGCGUUUAAUAACUAACCAGUUUCCUCUUCUUUUUUCCUGUUUGUUCAUCAGCUUCAAAAAAUCAAAGGGUUUCUUUUCUUCACACACUUCCCACCCCAUCUUACUUUUCAACUUGCUGUAUAAAUCACUUUACUGAGCACACAGACAGUAACAAAAAAAUGUAUUAUAUUCCAAAUAAUUUUCAAUAUGUCUGCAAACUGUGCCACUGUUUAAAGGAAAAGGCCUGCACAGACCAUUGAAUGACAAACCUUAAAACUGCAAGAAAGCGUCACAUUUCAGUGUCUGCAGACGUGAGGCAUCAUGCACGUGGACUAUGGCUUCAGUAAUGCACUUCAAGUGAAUUUACAUGCAUUUGACUUGAAUGCACUUUGGUUUUGAAAGAAACUGCACCAGAAUCAACAUGCGUGUGGCUUUGACAGACAAGAAAUACAGAAACCAUU